UGAAAACUGAAAACUGAAAGCAGAAAGCAGAAAACGCACAACACACAAAACCCAAACACCGAGGAGCCAGCAAGGCGUAAGGAGAGCAAAUCCCGAGGAAACAAACGGCUCUGCGAAAAAAUGAUACUUUCGCGCGGAAAAACCGACUCGGCGAGCUCGAGGAACGCCAGCGGAGGCACUGGCAGUGGACUCGGUGUCGGCAGGCAGGCGAGGAAGACCCCGGCACCGGCCUCCCUCGAGGAUUUCAUCAUCAAGCGGGACUACACGGGAGCCCGGGCUUUUCUGGAGUUCGCCAACGAUGACGAGGACGAGGAGGAGGGUGCCCAGGGACCCAAGCAGAGCCUGGUGGACCAGUGGAUUGCCUUUUGCAAUUUCCAUUUGGGUGAUUACCAACAGGCACUCGCCCAGUACAAGGCCAUACAGCAGGGUUCCUCAAGUCCGGAUGGGAAAUUGGAUCUCAACCUGGCCGUGUGCAUGUUCUAUUUGGGCCUGUACGAGGAGGCCCAACAACUGAUGGCCAAUGCGGCUGACAACCCGCUGAAGCAGCGACUGCUCUUCCACUUGGCCCACAAGCUGGGCAGCGAGGAGGAGUGGAGCCAGCUGCAGGAGGAGCUGCAGGACUCCUCGAGCUUGGAGCAGCAACUCAGCCUCGCCUCGAUGCACUACAUGCGGGCCCAUUACCAGGAGGCCAUCGACGUGUACAAGCGGGUGCUGGUGGACAACAAGGAAUACCAGGCCAUCAAUGUCUACUUGGCCUUGUGCUUCUAUAAGCUGGACUACUACGACAUGUCCCAGGAGGUCCUGGACGUAUAUCUCAGUCAACAUGGCGAUAGCACUAUAGCCAUUAACCUAAAGGCCUGCAACCGAUUUCGCCUCUUCAACGGUCGUGUGGCCGAGCAGGAAAUCAAGAACAUAGCCGAUAAUGGCACCUUCGGAGCGGAUCUGCUGCGCCACAACUUGGUCGUUUUCCGGAAUGGGGAAGGAGCAUUGAGAGUGCUGCCAGGACUACUGAAUAUUAUUCCCGAGGCUCGCUUGAAUCUGGCCAUAUACUAUCUGAAGCAGGGGGAUGUCCAGGAAGCCCAUGCUCUGAUGAAGGAGCUGCAGCCUACCUCGCCGCAUGAGUACAUACUGAAAGGAGUGGUCCAUGCUGCUCUUGGCCAGCAGCUGGGAUCGAAGGAGCACAUCAAGACGGCCCAGCAAAACUUGCAUUUGGUGGGCAGUUCGGCAACAGAGUGUGACACGAUACCUGGUCGCCAGAGUAUGGCCUCCGCCUUCUUCCUCUACGAGCAAUUCGAGGAGGUGCUGGUCUACAUGAACUCCAUUCGCAGCUACUUCGUGAACGACGAUGUGUUCAACUAUAACUUUGCCCAGGCCAAGUGCGCCACAGGUUACUACAAGGAGGCGGAGGAGUUGCUGAUGCAGAUCACCGACAUGGACAUCAAGAAUCAGCACACCUACUGCAUGAUCCUGGCCAAGUGCCACAUACACUGCGGUCAUCCUGAACUGGCUUGGAAUGUAUUCAUCACCAGGGAUACGAACGCAGAGGCAUUUAUUCUACUGCAGUUGAUUGCCAAUGAGUGCUACAAGUGUGCGGAAUUCUGGGUGGCAGCCAAGGCAUUUGAUAUGCUCGAAAAACUCGAUCCCAGUCCGGAGAACUGGGAGGGCAAAAGGGGCGCCUGCGCAGGAGUUUUGUUCGCCUUGUGUACCAAGGCGCAAAGAGGUCGUCCUGGCGGAGGAAUCUCCGAGGUCAUCGGCAUUCUACGCGACUCCUCGAACUCGCAGGCUGAGGCCAUGAUUAAAACCAUUAGGAAGCAUAUAAAUAAUUUUAAGUAAACCAUUAUUUCAAGCAAAAUUUGAUUUUGUUUACCAUAA